UGCAAAAGCUGAAAAAGGCGAAGCGAUAAAUGUGUGACUUGCUUUUGACUUUGAGUUCAGCUUGUUUCUUCUUCUUGAGUUGCAGACCUUUGUUUAGCUAUGACUGAAAUAAAAACCGAGCCAGAUAUUGAUCUGUAUGGAGAUGAGGAGCUAAUUGACACAGACGCAGGAGAUAAUUCUCUUGCCGUGAAUGAUGACUUAUUCGGGUCUGACGAAGCCCCAGAUGAAAUCGUGGAAGAAGAAAAUGGUGAAGAAGAGGUGGAGGAAGACAAUGGAGAGCCUCCUGCGAAGAGAAUGAAGCUUGAGAGAUCGGAUUCCGCCAGUGAGCAAUCGACCCAAUCAGCAGAAGAAGUCACCGCAGCGGCGCCUGUGAACGAACUACCAGAUGGCAAGGUCAUGGGUGUUGCUGUCAACGGCAGGAUCCGUCAAGUUCCCAAGGCAGAUCUUGGUCAUCCCGGCGGUGUUCCGCUGGAGCUGCAGCUUGUACCUGAGUCCGCGAAGUCUGGCUCCGUGUUCGUUGGAAAUCUCUCCUGGUGGACUCGGGAUGUGGAGAUAGCGAAUGCUCUUGUCAAUGCAGGCAUUAAGGAUGUCGUUUCCGUGCGUGUGUAUGAGAAUCGGACCAAUGGCCAAUCAAAGGGCUUCGCCUGUGUUGAGACCGGCUCUGAAGCCUCAGCACGAAGUGUCAUGGCCAAAGUGAAAGAACUUGCUAUUCACGGACAGAUUCCCAUCGCUCAGCUUACAAGCCGCACGACUAUUAACAGCUUUGAGGCCCUGUCCCGCAGAGAACGCCCAGCCGAGGUUCCCCUGACAAAUCGUGUUGGCCCGGUCACCGCCCAGGGACUCAAGCUCAAGUCUGGUGGUAGCAGCGGGCCAUCCGCUGCCUACGUGCCCCCAUCGCGCCUGUCGGCAACAAGUUCCGGUCCGACCCCGACCAGCCGCGCAACACCUCUGCUGCAGCGCCGGGGACCCACCAACCCGCUGCCGCCACGUCCGGCUGUUCCGCGCCCUCCAGCUUGGAUGCCGCCACCGCACGGUGCUGGCUUACCACCACCGCCGUUUGACCCGCUCCUGCUGGGUGCUGCUCGUCCUCAUCUUCCUCCAAACUUCCCCCUGCCGCCUGGUGCUCUACCUGGUCUAGCCGGUGCUCUGCCUGGUGGUCUAGCCGGUGCUCUGCCUGGUGGUCUGCCCGGUGCUCUGCCAGGUGCUCUACCUGGUGCGGCGGGGGCAGCAGCUGCCGCCGCCGCCGCUGCAGCACGCUUACCUUCGGUGAGACUCCCACCGACGGCUAGUACCAGGAUGGCUCUGCCUCCGCCGAUCCCGCCACGACCGCCGGUUCCAACUUCUGCAGCCGCUGCUCAUCCUCCACCAGGACUGCCAACAUUCCCUCAUCCACCUGCGCCUCAUGUCAACCCAGCCUUCCUGGCUGCCAACAGCGCCUUGGGUGCCCCUAAACUGCCCACAACGUCCAGCACAGCCUCCCUGCCGACAGCGUCUCAGACGCAUGCCGCCAUGGCAGCGGUGGCAGCGAAUGCCAUGACUCGACUGAAGUCUAACACUCUCGGCCAGGCAUCUGAAGAGGAGUUGCAGGAGUCUAUGAAGCGUAAUCAUGCCAUCUCGACCAGCGCCAUCCUACGCGCCAUGCAGGAUGCUAACGCCGGUGACUUUAGUGGUGCUGUGGACACUCUGAAGACGGCCAUCUCUCUUAUCAAGCAGUCAAUUACAGCCACAGCGGAAAGCAGUGUUGCUCUUAUCCAGUCACUGCAGGAGUGCCUGUCAGGCAUUGAGUCUCAAGCAUACACAACCAAGAGCUCAAGCGGUGGCAGUGGGCGCGCAAGCAACAAUAGCCGCAGUGAGCGCGAACUGAGCAGCUCAAUGGGCCGCGAGCGUAGUAGUCGCCGCACACCCGAGAGCAUGGAGGACGACUAUCACCGAUCGCGCAUGUCGUCUUCGCAUCGCUCUGGCCACAUGAGCAGCAGCAGCAGCAGCAGUAGCAGCCGACAUCACGACCACCAUGACAUGUACAGAAGCGAUCGACACGACAGUCGCCGCAGCCGACGAUAACAAUCUGCUAUUGUUGCAGUACAGCCGAUCAUGGUGCUGUGAGUACAUAAUCAUUGAUGCUGGAGCCCGCUCUACUGCGCUCAUUUGACUACAGGCUUGGCCUGGCUGUGUUUUCCGUCAUAGCAGGCAUGCCCCCUCCCCCACAGGUCCAUGCUUGUGCAAUACAUCAUCACAUCAUCAGUCCAUUUCCUGAUCGCCUAUUGUAUGCAUUCUCUCCUUGUGUUUUGCCACUCUUGUCUUCCACUUAGCUUUGUUAGGUCCGCCGUGCUUCUGCUUAAGUCUGCUUGUAGGUUUUCAGCUGUCUCCCCAGAGCAGUUUGUUAGUGUUUUGUCUAUGUGUCCUCCCCCCCCCCCCCCUGCAGUUUUUGUAAAUACAAAAUACCCAUAUGAGAUUUUUAGCACCAAUGCACUCAGCUUCACAUAAGUAUGCCCUUCUGUCUGUGUAGCAUUCUCUCUUGCUCUCUCUCUCUCUCUCUCUCUCUCUCUCUCUCUCUCUCUCUCUCUCUCUCUCUCUCUCUCUCUCUCUCUCUCUCUCUCUCUCUCUCUCUCUCUCUCUCUCUCUCUACCCAGUGUCCAGUGUUGUCUAUGUCCAAUGUUGUCUAUGUCCAGUGUUGUCUAUAUAAUAUGGGCACUGUGCAUUUCUCAUUCAUUGCCUUUUGUAGUCACUGCUUGCUCGUCGCACUGGUUACAUAGUAUUCCAGUGUAUACAAGA